AUUUCUAGGGCUUAGCUCAUUCCCGUUUGGUCUGUUGUUUUGUAAACACAUCGUACGCUUUCCUAUGUACGAAAAAAUAUAAAUUCAAAAUCCAAAAAAUUUCCGUUGAAAAAAUAUAUUUCGAAUUUUCUUUAGGAAUUCUGCCUUCGAGUCAAAUCACCUUUGAGAGAGAUGUGUUGCCAAGGUGCUUGCGGUUCGGUGUCUUAUGCCUUGGCCUAUGGUCCUGUGGGUCCUGCCUUGCCAGCCAUGAACUACAACAGCUGCUGCUGUGGCCCAAAUCCGCCAUGUGGUCCCUGGACUUGUCCACCAAAUAGGUGCUGCUGUAUGGGCGAAUGGGGAUGCUUUGGACCCUUCUACUAAGGAUCACCUAAGGAGGAUCACCAACUCGGCUAGAGUUCCUAUAACUGCACUAGAUACGGAAUUUUUUGUGAUUUUGAUGGAUGCAAUUACAACUCUUGUUUGCAAAUAAAUUGGAAUUGCUUAAAUAAA